UAAGAAUCCAGUCACAUCAACUGGUGCUCGGUUGACAUCGGAAAUUACAGGAAAAAUCGACACUUUAUUUACCAUGGAUUGCAUGUUUAACCGUUGAUAUUAAUUUUAUGCAACUAUCUGAGGAUAUGUAGGUACCGAUGACUUUCAAUUCUUAAAAAAAAAAUUUCUCACCGACGAUUUCAAAAUGAGCAAUGACGUGCAUAAGAAAUUGAAAAGCUUUGAUUGGUUUUGUGGAAAAUGUGGAACAGCGGGUCCAACUGACCAGAUGCCAUAUCUUCACUUGUACAUGGUCGUUGAUUACGCUAACGGAAUAACUGAUCAUAAUACGAAACAAGAAAUCAACGAGAAAUUUUGUUGGCAAGCUUCAAAGUACAUCGAAUUCCGACCAAACGACCCGUCAAAGGUGUGGAAGAUUCGACCUCUAUCCAACAAGCGACUCGAAGUGGAACGCGAUGAUAUUCCUUACAUGCGAUCCAGUGGCAAUGUUCCGCAUGAAAGAUGGAAAACAAUACGCGUUGAGCUGUUUCCACGUUGGUUAUGAAAUUGGCCGGAUACGGAACGAUGACGUUAACCCGUUUUUGGCAAUUCAAUAUGAAAUUGAAGUAAACAGAAAUGCCACUCAGCGAUUUAUGGAAGAAAAUAAAUAUUAUCUCUCAGAUGAUGACGAAGUUGUUGGUAAUUUUUCCCAUUUUGAUUUUGGACGUGAAACUGAUAUCAUGGCCAUCAAAGUUGAUGAAGUUAAAAUGGAAAAUAUUUCAGAUGAAAUGGAGAACUAUUCUCAUGACGUAUUUUCGAGGCUUUUUCUUAGAAAGCAUUGUGGUGAAAAAAGCAUUGUUCAAAAAGCUCAAGAAAUCUUUGGAAGCAUUGAGGAUCUAAUGUUUAAUUUUGAUGACGACGACGGAAAACCCGUAUUUUGUAACGCAGUGUUGGUAAAAAGUGAUGUUAAGUUUCUAAUGGACGGAGAUUCAGGAUCUCUUGUGUAUUUUUGUGAUGAUGAAAACAAGAAAAAAGGACCUUUUGCAUAUGGUGUUGCUGAAUUGAGGAAGAAAGACCAAAACGGAAAAGUGGAGACGUUCUACAUUUGCUUGAGAUUAAAAGAUGGUUUGGAAAAAUUGGAACUUACGGAAAAAAAGCCGUAAAAUUGAAUGAAUUCCUUAGAUUGUUUAAUAUCCCAAUUUCAUUCCCAAGCAAUUUUUCCUGCAAAAUAAUUACCUUCUAUGUAACCGUAAGUAACCUCUGUUAUAAUUUUGUAGUUUGUCAUUGUCCAUUGAAAAUCAACUGCCCCUUCGUCAAAGAAAUAGUCUUUAAGAGCAUUUCUGAUUUGUCUUGCAUGAAUUGAUGAUGGGCGGGCACUGGCAUUUGGCUGGAUGUCACAUACUUCAUUUUCAUCGCCUAAUUGUGUUCUCCAAGAACCAUUCACAACAUUUCCUUCCCUGACCCUGUCCUUCUGACUAAUCAAAAGGUUAUGCAAUGCCAUACAGGCCCUCACCACCUGCAUUGCAUUUGGAACAUCCAACUCCAAUGUUCUCAAAAGACAUCUGAAUUGACUACACAUCAAUACAAAUGCAUUUUCGACAAUUCUUUGUGCUCGUGAAAGUCUAUAGUUAAAAACUUUCUCAUCACCUAUUGCAGUCUGGUGUGGAUAUGGUUUCAUUAGAUUUUCAUUCAAAGCAAAUGCCUCAUCUCCAAGCAGAAAGUAAGGUAUAGGCAAUAAUGUAUCUCUUAGUUCUUCAGCUUGUGGGAAAUAGCAUGUCUUGCAUAUGUUUUUAAGGUGACUGUCUUUAAAAAUUCUUCCAUCUGACUGGUUGCCAGGGGCUUCAAGAUCAAAUGAGAUGAAUUUAGCAUUUUCAUCUUCAAUAGCUAAGAGGACUAUGCUAAAAUGUUUUUUAUAGUUAAAGUACUCAGACGCUGAGUUUGGAGGUGCAUACAAGUUGAUAUGUUUACCAUCAAUGUUGCCAACUGCAUGGGGAAAGUACCAUUUGCACUUAAAUUCAUUGGCAAUGUGUAACCAUUGUUGCUUUGUUGUGGUUGGCUUUAAAUAUUCUUCCUUCAGCACAUUAUACAAAGCUUCACAAACCUCAGGUACAAUUCUUGAAAUAGAUGAAACUGAUAUUCUGAAAUUGUACAUCAAAUCUUUGUAUGAGCAUCCUGAUGCUAAGAACUUUAAUGUUACACACAAGCGAUCAAGAACAGAUAUAGCAUCUCUCAUAGUGGUGUUUUUCUUUGCUAUGAAUGGUGUUAGCUUUUCACAUAGCUCAUCAAACAAAAUGGAACCCAUCCUUAAAAGUAGUAAAGAUUAUAAUUUGUAAAUAAAAGUAAAGAAAAUAAGAAAAUUUCAUUAUUAAAAAAAGAACGUAAAAUAUGAAUUGAUUGUACAAUCCACUGACUAGCUUAAUUUUGAAGAGUGCAUGAAUAAAAAGACUAUCACAUUUCUUUACUUACCGAAACAAAUUUCUAAAUACAUCAUGGUCAGUCA